AUGGCUGUAAAAGAAAAGUUAAAAGAAACCUGUGAUCUUCACAUGGGGCUAGAUGUGGCAUCCACCAAAGAACCAGAGAUUAUCACUUCCGAUAAGUAUACACAGACUUACUUUAAGGAUGGCAAAGAAAAGCCAAUCCUGGAGAUGAACAAAAAUGUAUAUACAGCUCACAUGUUUGUUCCUGGUGAAGAAAAAUAUUCUGUGCUGAGUAAGAAAGUCGGAUGGGUGCAAGAUACAGUCUCCACUGUCAGACCAGGAUCAGAACUUGGGGAUUUCCUCCUGAAGGACAAGCAAGAAAAAGAGGGCUCAGACAAGCCUUUGGGGCAUUAUCAAGACAUCUUUUCAACUCCAGAUGAGGAAGAAUUUAAUGAGAUAUCUGACAAGGCUGAUAAACUGACCACUGUUACUGGUCAGAUACUUAUAGCAGUGGCUGGACUGAGGGAUUCAGACCGAGCCAAUAUCGAAGCAGCUGCAGCUAUGCUGACUACAGUCUUGAAAAAACAAAAAAAUAAACUGAGGACCAAGGUACCAGAAAUCAUAGAUAUUAUUUAUUUCCACUUACAAGCUAUCCAGGAUCCCAUUGCUAGAAAAGCAGCCAUUGGGGCCAUUUGUGUAUUGGCCGAAACAUACACAGAGGAAGUGAUCUCAAGUCUUCUGAGACUCUCGCUGCCCUGUGACAAGCAUGUCACUGAAAUUUGGGAAACCCUGGGUCAAGCUAAACAAUCAGUCAGGCUCCAAGUUCUGGCGAAGCUUCUGGAAAUGCUAAAGAGAAGACCUUGCCUCCAGAGUGAAUCCUCUGACUUGAAUAUGAAGGAUAAUUGGUCCCUUCUGCCUUUAGCUGCAACAAAGGCCGUAUGCAUAAUAUUUAGGAAUAAAAAUUCCAAAGUGCCUAUGAACAGCUUUUAUGUGUCUGUGAUCAUCUUCUUGGUUAUUCAGCUGCAUUACUUGGUGAACUUGGCAGACGUUGAAUAUGGAAUAGAUGAGAGCGUCAAAACAUCAAGCUAUAUAAGCUGUGCUGUGGAAGCCUUAAAAGCUGUAAUUAAAAGGGAGAAGAAUUCUUGGAUGUGUUUUGUGAGUCUAGCAGGAGGCUGGGAUCUUUUGUCUUCACCAGAGAAUUACCUCGAAGGAGUUCUUCUGCUGGCCAGAGCCAUUGUCAAACAUUAUCGGGGGCUCGAUUACGCCAUAUUUACCAAGGUGAUACCACUUCUCCAUCACGGGGAUGAAAAACAGAAGCUAACAGCAAUGGCCUUUUUCACUGCACUGCUUUCUUCUGAGUCCACCUACUCAGUGCUACAGAAAAAAUAUAUCAUGAGCCUGUUGAAGAAUUGGAACACUGAUUCAAACGCGACCUAUCGCUGGCUCAGUCUCCAUGGGAUGAGCAAUAUUGCUGUUCACCUGCAAAAUAACAAAGAAGUUACAACCCUGAUUCUGGGUAUCCUUCAGAGUUUUAAUGACCCUGAUGAGAAGGUGAUCUUGACAGCUUUUGAAGUCAUAACCAAGAUUGCUGUGACGAAGAAGAAUGUCAUGGAAUGUGUGAAGAUUUCCAAGCAGCUUCAGCCAUUCUUAACUGAUGAGAGGGUCAAGGUAUGCUGUGCGGCAAACCAGCUGUUUCAAGAUCUCCUUAAGAACCUAGAUCUGAAAGAUAAGACCCUUAUGGAGGACCAAGUUCUCAACAGUGUUGUCCCGUUGUUGCUGAACACGCAGGAUCAAAACCCAGAAGUGAUCAAGAGCUGUAGAGAGAGCUUAAAACAGUGCAAGAUCUUCUUGGGAUGGACUGUGAAUGACAGCCAGGACUCUUGGAAUGUCACCUGCAAGCACCUUGUUAAAGAGUACCCAGGAAAACUAAGGAACUUCCUGCACCAAGCACAGGACUACAGUCGAAAUCCACAAAGGUCUUCAAUAACUGUAGCCGACAUGUUUAUAAACACUGUCUUCGGAUACUUGGAAUCUGGCUUUGUGCAAAAGGAAGAAGUGGACUUCUUGCGGGAAGCUUUCAGUUCUUUGCCACGAGAAAAGGAGCGUCUUAUCCCUAUUGUCAUCUCUCCCAAACCAAUGAAAGUGUGCAGAUAUUGCCCGGCAUUUCUCAGAUGUUUCUGCUAUUUCUCACGGGAGGCUAGAAUUAAAAUGAUUAACCCUUUGCUAGAAAAACUCUCUGGAGAAACGGACAAAACUAAAGUGGAUCACUUGUUAGCGGGCAAUAAUCCCCAGGUCUCGAUCAAGGUCGCUAGAUACUGCAUGUUGAUAAGUAGGGUUCGGAAAUUACAGCUGUAA